CUCAGCUACGCGGACACUCAUCCCAUGUUCACCAGCGACAGUUUUCCAAACUUCUUCCGGGUGGUACCGUCCGAAAAUGCAUUUAAUGCACCCCGAGUAGCUUUGCUGAUGCACUUCAAUUGGACCAGAGUCGGUACCAUAUAUCAAAAUGAGCCCAGAUAUGCUCUGGCUCAUAACAGACUGGUCGCCGACCUGGACGACAAUAGGAUGGAAGUCGUCGAGACGCAAAGCUUCGCCACCGAGGUGACUUCGGCCCUGGAGAAGCUCAAAGGAAAAGAUGUCAGGAUCAUCCUUGGCAACUUCGACGAAAUGUGGGCGCGCAGAAUCUUUUGCGAGGCCCACAAGUUCGGCAUGUUUGGCAGGAAGUACCAAUGGGUGAUCAUGGGCACUUAUGCAGAAGAAUGGUGGCUUCGGCCAGGAGGAGGCUGCGCACCCUCGGAGCUUUCGGAAGCUCUGCACGGCGCCAUCUUGACCGACCUACUUCCGCUUUCCACCGAGCAGCAAAUCACGGUUUCCGGAAUCACGCCGGACGAGUACCAAGUGGAGUACGACUCGAGGAGAGGUACCGAGUACUCGAGAUUCCACGGGUACACCUACGACGGGAUCUGGGCCGUGGCUUUGGCAAUACAGCACGUUGCUCGUCGGAUAAGGCAUUAUCGGCGAAACCAGACAGUAGCCGAUUUCCGGUAUAGGGAUGCCCUUUGGGAGCGCCUCUUCCUGGAGGCCCUGAAGAACACCAGCUUCGAGGGAGUCACUGGUCCCGUGCGAUUCUACGACAACGAGAGAAAAGCGUACAUCUUGCUGAAGCAGUUUCAGAGCGGAAGUGAGGUUAAGGUCGGCGAGUACAACGGCGUGACGGGUAACCUAGAUCUGAGCAGAGGUCAACCCUUGGUAUGGAGGGGCAGGUCCCCCCCGAAGGAUCGAACCGUCCACAUAAUCGAACACUCGAUGGUGAACAUCACGAUCUACGCGGUUCUCGCCGCCAUUGCGAGCAUCGGUAUCGUCAUGGCAGCCAUCUUUCUCGCCAUAAACAUCAGAUACAGGAACCAGAGGUACAUAAAAAUGUCGUCGCCACACCUGAACAACCUCAUUAUCGUGGGGUGCAUGCUGUCCUACAGUAGUGUGAUUUUUCUGGGGCUAGACUCGCAGUUGUCAAGUGUAACCGCCUUCCCCUACAUAUGCACAGCCAGGGCCUGGUUGUUAAUGUCGGGCUUCUCCCUCGCAUUCGGAUCCAUGUUCUCCAAGACCUGGCGCGUGCACUCCAUCUUCACGGAUGUAAAGCUCAAUAAAAAGGUGAUAAAAGACUAUCAAUUGUUCAUGGUCGUUGGAGUACUCCUCCUCAUUGACUUGGUGAUCAUGACCACGUGGCAGGUCGCCGAUCCAUUUUUCAGGGCCACUAAGCAGAUGAACCCUUAUCCGCAUCCUUCCAGCGAGGACAUCAUUAUCAUACCGGAGAACGAGUACUGUCAGAGUAAUCGAAUGACGGUGUUCCUAGUAAGCAUAUACGCUUACAAAGGUCUCCUGAUGAUAUUCGGAGCUUUCCUCGCCUGGGAAACGAGACAUGUCAGCAUACCAGCCCUGAAUGACAGCAAGUAUGUCGGACUGAGCAUAUACAAUGUUGUCAUCAUGUGUGUCAUCGGGGCUGCCAUCAGCUUCCUGCUCUCCGACAAGCAGGACGCCCUCUUCGUCAUCCUGGCGGUCUUCAUCAUCUUCUGCAGCACGGGCACCCUUUGCCUCGUUUUCGUCCCGAAGUUGAUAGAACUUCGUAGGAAUCCUCAGGGUGCAAUCGACAAAAGAAUUAGGGCAACCCUGAGGCCAAAUUCUAAAACACGAAGGGACUCGACAGCGAGCGAACUGGAAGAACGUUUAAAAGAUGCAACCGUCGCCAACCAGAAGUUCCGAAAGCAACUCCUGGAGAAGGAAUCCGAGUUUCAGAGAGAACUUAAAGUGACGACCACCUCGAAAGCUCACCUCGUAAAGCUUUUCGAUUCUACAGUGCUUUUCAUUCACACUUUAUCUGUAUAUAUGUAUAUGUUAGAGCCCACUGUCCAGCGGCAUGGCACCCAAAAUCACAAAGGACCGUCGCUGACCACAGAAACCACGGACAUUUCCGUGUCCAUGUGCAGCCUGAACUCGACGACGGCCUCGCAACCCGAAGGCGACUACGUCAACGUAACCGCGACCGAGCAGCACGCCGCGAAGAAGAAGACGUCCUUCUCGAAGUUGCCAGCGAUCGCGAUCGACAGCGAACGAAUCCCGUUGGUGGCUCCUGGUGCUACCUUGGUCGGCAAUGCAACGACCCUUCCACCAGCCCUGAAGCACCCCGACAGUGCCCUAAGACGCAGAGGUCGACUUGCCGACUCCAGGGACUCGAAGGAGUCCGAACCUCUGAUCCUGCGAAGCCCUGAGAUCAGGACCAGAGGUGAGACCAACGUCGACUUCGUUCCCGAAGCCGUCGAGGAAACGGACUCUAUCGUUCUCGAAGAGACCGAGAUUCCCAGAGACACCAGGACCUCUAAGUGUAGGGACGAACAUAGAUCCAGGCUACCCACGCCGCCCCCUGCGACUGCGAAAAAUGUCUCCUUCGGGGAACUACAGGAGCAAAGCUACCUCGAACAAGCUAUCUUACCUCCGCCCUUGCAGUUCGUACCGAAACAUCGGCAUACAGGCUCGGUAAGCACUCACCAGGCGACUCUUCGGAGGAGAUCUUCCGUGAAGAACAACGGGGUGGCCCACUCCUAUCACGAACUCUUCGAGAAGCGGAGACCCAGCGUUCCCGCCAACUCCAUCAGCUAUAUAUCGACGGAGAACGUCUCCAGGUCCAUGGGCCACGACGAGUCCUCGGGCACCUUCGACAAGGCCUACGUCAUAGGGGAGUGUGGCCACAGGAGGGCUCUAGGAGGCACCGGAUACAGGUGCGAAAAGCACGGGGGUGGACGAGGACACAGCCACGUCAUGCUCAAUGGCUCCACCGACACACCUACGUCUCGUCGUCAUCGGAACCACUACGAAGCCCACAACGCCAGCUCUCCUAGUGUGCCCGCCAUGGUCAACGCCAGUUGCUCGGAUACUGAGAAGUACUACGAGGAGUCGAUGUCGAGCAUCAUCCAGCGGUCGGUGUCGGAGCGGUCUCGGGAGAAGUGCGCCCACGGACGGCUGCCAGCGGGCGGGCAUUCCGUGGCGGAGUGCCCGCAUAGGGCUGCAGCUGCGGCCAGGCGGACGCGGGAGUGCCGGCACGCGGAAUCGAAGUUGCGCCAGCAGGCCCGGAUGGAGUACGUCCAGAGCACCCCGAACGUGGCUACGAUACACAACAGCAAGUUCGCCAGCGCCAAUCCGAGAGCUGGCGAUGGAGCUGGGGGGGUCGGGAGUGGCGGGAGUGGAGGACCAGGGACCUCCAAGAUGUACAGUGCCGUGUCGGACGGGGAGCUCCUGGAUCUGGCGAUCCUGCCGAUUUUUCAGAAGCUGCUCAGCGAGCGGCACAAGGGCUCCGCCAGGGGCGGCUACGGGGCCAGCAUCGCCAGCUGUCCCAACAUCUCGAUCAAGUGCGACAUUGUCGAGUACCUAUAA